GGGCGCCGGACAGUGUGAGAGCGGUCGCGAGCAUGGCGAGUUGUGUGCGGCUCUUGUUAGUGUGGGCGGUAUUUCUGGCGGGCGGGGCGCGCGCCUUCGUAGACGAGGCGGUCGACGUCAUCCGACUGAGCAAGGAGAUCGGAGAGGAGGUGCUCAACUCGUGGGACGUACUCGGCAGGCCCUUCAACUCCAGCAGUGGCGUGGAGCUGCCCUUCAUCCGGCGCCACGAGCGGCGGGUGUUGGCGCGGCUGGGGCAAGUGGCGCGCGCUAUCGAGCGGCUGGAGGAAAAAGUGGAGCAGAAUGGGGCGGUGGCGCGGUUGUUAGCGGGCACGGGGCGACGUGAGACGCGGCUGGAGCUGCGCCUGCACGAGCUGGGGGACCUGCUGAGCCGGGUGGCGGCGGCCGAGCGCCAGAUGAGAGACUACGUGCGACUGCAGCGGGAGCUGGAGCGAAGCACGCUGCAGGACUUCGCCGCGUGGUGCGUGUCGCACGAGCCGCGCGCGCUCUCCGGCCUGCUGGAGCGGGUGCACGCGCUCGUGCGGCCGCCGCACCAAUACCUACUGGGCCGCGGCAUUCUGCAUCUCAUGCUGGAAGACUUGGAGGAGAGACACCCGGAUGUGUGCGAGUUGCAGCUGUCGCCGCACCAGCUAAUCUACGACAUGUACAACACCAUCUCGCUGGCGGAGAUCAAGGGGUACGCUAUGAUGCAGUUCUCCUGGAUGCUGCUCAAGAUAUACGGCAAAGGCAACUACACUCAGGAGGCGAGCCUAACUCGAGAGAGAUACGUCGAGCGGACUGCACGCACGGCUGCCGCGGCCCGAAGUGCACUGGCCAUGGCGUCUCGGGAUCUCUACCGGUGUGAUCCUCCCGAACAUAAAGAAGGAGAGACAUACGCCCAAGUGACCCGGCUGCUUCAGGGCUACAUCGAAAACGAGGUGGACAUGAACACCGAGCAGACUUGUAAGGAAAACUGCGGUUACUACACCCUGGCGCAGAACCACGGCUGCUUCAAGGACAUGUACUGCGCGAGGCAGCCCACGUGCAAGGGUCGCAUCAUAAACUGCCAGUACAUCGACUCAGACAUGACCGUCUGUCCGGCGAAAAAAGGAAGCACACGGCGCUACGAAUGGAUUGAGUACGAAAACGGGAAUAGGUUUGGCCAAAUGACCUCCGAGUGUCACCGCGGGAAGACCAAGGUGGACUCCUGGUGGCGAUGGUUGUUCUGGCACUGCUCGUACUGUAUGUGCCUGUGUGACGAGUCCGGGCCGACGUCGGACCGCUACUUCAGCCUGUGGGACGCGACCAGCGACGUCAAGAAUAACAAGGUUGUAACAGGAAUACGCCUGGUGAAGUACGGCAGGGUGUUCCACCUGCAGAUCAGCGAAGGCACGCUCGGGGAGCGCGGAGCGGUAACACCAGGCGGCUGGGUGCCCGUGCACAAGUUUGACGUCAACGACGCGGGCGUGAGGGAGGGCCAGGACUACCACACGCUGAGCUACGAGCGGCGGGCACUUGAUUUGGACGAGCUCGACUCGCCCAGGGGACAAAUAUUGACCGGCGUUAGAUUCAGCGUGAUCGGCGCACACCUGCAUUUCGAAAUUCGGUCCACACCAUUCAACUACACGACCGGCCGUCUGGCGCCCGAGAGAAAUCAAUGGAUCAGUAACGACAACACGGACGGAAGUGACGCACCGAGAUCACGCCUGGAGCUGUACAAGCCGGACGUGCCGACGCGAGGCCCGCAGCCGCUGCAAGUGGACUCCAAGCAUGACCAGUACGUGGAGUUCACCAACAGCGACUUCGAGAAAGAUGCCGCGCAGAGCACCGUGCCCUUCGUCGACAUACAGCCGGUCGAACCCAUGCAAGGCGCGGCGCUAAUCAGCGGCGCGGGUAUGAUACACCGCGGCGCGCGCGGUUCGGGCGGGUUCGUGUCGCCUAAGCUCUUCACGUACGACCACUCGCGACAUGUGCACGCCGAUCCACCACCAGCUUCGCUUCAGACCGCCGAACCGGAUUCUAUGCCUAUGUCUAACUUUUAGUUCGGUACACAUAUACUCACUAAAUAUUACGUAACUUUAAGCUUUUUAAUUAAAUAAAUAACUUUUAAGACUC